AUGGCCAUCAUCUCAGAAGUUGCCCGGGACAUGGCUCUGGACAGUGAUGUGGACAUUGACGCAUCCCCCGUCGAGAUCGGAAGUGCCGAACUAGUUUCCACCCCCGAGACGGAGGUGACGCCACCAGAGAGCCCUGUUCAGGGCCAUCGAAGCCAUCUCUCGAGUGAGAGACUGUGGGCCAAGAAGAAGCUGUCUCAGCUCACUCAAGAAGAGAAGGUCUCCCUCCUUACCGCCGCAGACUUCUGGAGGACGAAAUCCAUCGCUUCGAAAGGCAUACCCGCCGCAAAGACCAGUGACGGACCCAAUGGUGCCCGUGGGGGAAUCUUUGUGGGCGGCACCAAGGCAGCUUUAUUCCCCUGUGGAGUAUCACUAGCCGCGACAUGGAACCAGGACUUGUUAUUCGAAGUCGGCCAGCACCUCGCCGACGAGGUCAGGGCGAGGUCCGCGCACAUCCUGCUUGCGCCCACCGUUUGCAUGCACCGCCACCCGCUGGGCGGCAGAAACUUCGAGUCGUUCUCGGAAGAUCCGCUUCUUACGGGAAAGCUCGCGGCGCAGUACAUCCAGGGUUUGCAGCAGAAAGGCGUUGCUGCCACUAUCAAGCACUUUGUCGGAAACGAGCAGGAGACUCACCGACUGACCAUCAACUCCAUCGUGCGGGAGAGAGCGUUGCGUGAGCUGUAUCUCAAGCCAUUCGAGAUUGCUGUGCGGGAGGCCAACCCGUGGGCGAUCAUGUCGUCUUACAACCUUGUGAAUGGCGUGCACGCGGAUAUGAACACUCUGACUUUGAAAGAUAUCCUGCGAGGCGAGUGGGGCUAUGACGGAACGGUGAUUUCGGACUGGGGUGGCAUCAACUCGACCGUGGAAUCGAUCGUGGCAGGAUGUGAUAUUGAGUUCCCCUUCUCGACAAAAUGGAGGUUCGAAAAGGUCCUAGACGCUCUCAAAAAGGGCAAGAUCUCUCAAGCGGACAUCGAUCAGGCGGCAGAAAACGCUCUGACUCUGGUCCACCGAGUCACGGGUGGCGAAGCAUACACCGAGGAGCCGGAGAGGCAAGACAACCGGCCGGAAACGCGCGAGUUGAUCAGGGAGGCUGGGACCCAGGGGCUGACGCUCCUCAAGAACGAGGGCGGCAUCCUCCCCAUCAACCCGAGAACCUCAAAACUAGCCGUCAUCGGCCCCAACGCCAACAGAGCGAUCGCUGGCGGCGGAGGAAGUGCCAGCCUGAACCCCUAUUAUAACACACUUCCUCUGGAUAGCAUCAGGAAAGCCGCCAAGCAGGAAGUGAUAUAUGCGCAGGGCUGCCACAUCAACAAGUGGCUCCCUGUGGCUUCUCCAUUUUGCAGAACCGACGACGGGAAGCAAGGUGUCACGAUUGACUGGUUCGUAGGAGACAAGUUUAAGGGGUCUCCGGCCGUGCAGCAGAGGAGGACGAAUACCGACCUAUUCCUGUGGGAUUCUGCGCCACUCUCACAGGUGGGACCGGAAUGGUCGGCGAUCGCUAGGACGUCCUUGGUGCCCACGAUAUCAGGACGACACACCAUCAGCUUCAUGAGCGUCGGACCGGGCAGGCUGUACCUCGACGACAAGCUCGCCCUGGACCUCUGGGACUGGACAGAGGAGGGCGAGGCCAUGUUCGACGGCUCGGUGGACUACCUCGUCGAGGUGGACAUGGAGGCUGGCAAGGCGGUGGAGCUCAGGGUAGAGAUGACGAACGAGCUGCGGCCCAUCUCGAAGCAGAAGCAGUUCAACAUGACGCAUAAGUACGGGGGCUGCCGCAUCGGCUUCAAGCAGGAGGACAAGGUCGACUACCUCCAGCAGGCCAUCGAGGCGGCGAAGAAGGCCGACGUUGCUGUCGUCGUCGUCGGUCUUGAUGCGGAGUGGGAGUCUGAGGGAUACGACCGGCAGACGAUGGACCUGCCGUCCGACGGCAGCCAGGACCGCUUGAUCCAGGCGGUGGUCAAGGCGAACCCGAACACAGUUGUUGUGAACCAGUCUGGGUCGCCGGUGACGAUGCCGUGGGCUGACGAGGUCCCUGCGAUCGUACAGGCGUGGUACCAGGGCCAGGAGGCCGGCAAUGCGCUGGCUGAUGUCUUGUUUGGUUUCAAGAACCCGAGUGGGAAGCUUCCGUGCACCUUCCCCAAGGCCCUCACAGACACCCCGGCGUACCACAACUGGCCCGGCGAGAACCUCGACGUCGUCUACGGCGAGGGCCUGUACAUCGGGUACAGGCACUACGAGCGGGCCAACAUCGCGCCCCUGUUCCCCUUCGGCCACGGGCUGUCCUACACGGAGUUCGAGUACGGGCGGCCCUCGCUCAGCGGCAAGGUGCUCUGCGGGGCCGGCGCGCCGCUCGAGCUGACGGUGGCGGUAAGCAACGUGGGCGAGGCCGACGGGUACGAGACGGUGCAGCUGUACGUGCGCGACGAGAAGUCGAGACUGCCCCGGCCGGAGAAGGAGCUCGUCGCGUUCGAGAAGGUGUUCCUCGAGAGGGACCAGACCAGGCACCUCCGGGUCAGGAUCGACAAGUAUGCCGUGGGGUACUACGACACGUCGCUGAGGGCGUGGAUCGCCGAGGAGGGGAGGUUUGAGGUCCUCAUCGGGGCGUCGUCGGCUGAUAUCAGGCGAAAGAUAUCGUUUGAAGUCGAGGAGUCCUUCACCUGGGUCUUCUAG